CAUACUUGCACUCCUAUAAAUACCGUGAUAUUGCUGUACUCGAGAUUAUAUAGAUCUUCAAUGUUGCGCUGAGCCUCAUCCCUCUCGCUCAAAUUUUGCCCGAAGAAAAAGCUGUCUGGCUGGAUUGGUGAUAGACUUGCCUCUUUGGGCCAAACCAAAAAAAAUCUCAACAUCAACCUUCAACUUGCCUCCACGCAGUUCUGGCCACAACCAACGCACAAAUCACCCCUCUACACACUUUUUAAACAAACACAGCAGUUCGGAGACCUCAUUUCUCAGAUACCCACAGCUUUUAUUACCCAAAUCAACAUCCUAUUGACGCACCUUCACCCCCGACUCGACCAGCAUUGGACUUCCUGGACAUCCUAAACACACCAAUUGUACUCCGUACUCCGACCUCACCUCUCAGCUCCAGGCCAGAUCCUUGAAAUACUUCGCUACAAACAACACCGGACUACUUUUUAUACCUAUUACCUCACAUUGGAAACAAUAUAAUUUCCCCAUUCUACGUUUCUGUUUGGCUUCAGCCACCUUCAUCCCCUCAUAUCCCCCUCCUCGGGGUCAUGAGAGCCUCUCCCUCCCGAGCCCUCGACACUUUCUCCCAUGGCCCGACGGUACCAGCCUUCGGAGCUGUUACAGCUACGCGAUUCUCCCCUAGUUGUCAAACCAGAUAACUUACCUCCUAUAGAAGAAUGGAUGGGACCACCUCCAGACCCGCCCCUACAAAAGAAAAAUCUUAAUAGCCGAGAGCCAGGCCCUCAACAAGAUCUUGCGAACAGGAGGUCAAGUGUUUUCGAGAGCCGCCAUAUCUCGCGUGGCUCGACUUCAGAAGAUAUUGUUUUGGGACCGCCCAGGACUUCAUUUGCAUCUGCAUCCCGUGGAUUCGGAAAAUCGAUCGAUGCUACUGAUCGAUCCUCUGCAAAACUUAAUGAGACUGACGACCAGAAACAAGAUCGGUACAAUUUUCGUGACAAAUUCUUCAAGGAUAGAGACGUUGGAGAUCGAGAUAACGACCGGAGGGAUACGAAACCAACCUUAGCCAAUGGCCGCCGCGCUGUCCGAGACGAUAGGGAAGACUGGUCUGGGGGGAGAACCCGCCGGACAUUUGGUCCAGAAGAAUCUGAUAGAAGACCUAGGCGGAAUGGAGAUUCAGACCGGUGGGAGAUGCGCGAUCAUCGUGACCACCAGGAAGGUAGCAAUGAACGGACUCCUCGAGACAAGGAACAUGGCCGAUAUCCACCCCGAAGAGACGGCCAGGGUAGAGUCAAGCAUGAUAAUUGGUUCCGGGAUGGCGAAACACCGGAUGCCGUGGAUGGCGAGGAGGAGAAGACGCCGGUCAGACAUCGUGAAUGGCGCCGUGGUGGCCAUGGCGGGGAUAGGGACUGGAAUCGACCCACGAAGCAUGAGCAGGAACCAGAAUGGUUGGAUUCGACGGAUCGAGAAGGGUCCAAAGAGACGCAUACUCAAGCAGAUUUCCAGCGCUGGAAGGAGCGCAUGAAAGCAGGCUCUGCUCAAGCGGCGUCCCAAGAGGAGAAGAAGGAACUUUUUCCAGAACCAGUGAACACAGAAUCCAAACCAAAGGAGCCAUCUAAACGGCUUGAUGGUGAAAUAUUUGGAACCUUGGAUCCGUCCCUAGUGGAUCCCGGCUUGGACAAGUUCUUUGGCCUGUGGAGUGAGAGUAAACAAGUCCGCGACCAUACUCCCGAGAUUAUUCCCGAUGGAAAUGCCAAUAUCGAGUCACUUCCAACCAAGGCGACUAAAGCAUCGAGAUUUGCCGGAAUUUUCAACUCGCCCUCCGAUCCUGCGAAUCGGGAACCGGAGCCUCAAACUAUAAUCCGUACUGAGCAGGUCCGGCCAGCUUCAACCGACGCAGAUCAAGAGGGAUUCCAGCGAAUAUUACAAAUGCUUGGAGGAAACAAAUCUAGGAAGGCUAGCCUUCAGGUGGACGGGUCAAUGCAACAACAGCCAUCGCAGGCCCCACCACCACCACAAGUAGAUUAUGUUAAAUCGUCAACAACUAUGUCGUCCCCUAUACGAGAAUCUUCUAUUCGACAAGAGUAUGCUCCAUUGAACUCUCCACGGGACCCUCCUCCGGGACUGGAGGCUCUCUUCGUCCAGAAACCAAAAGAACCACCUGGGCCGAAUCAUGACACUGAGUUCCUACUUCGACUUAUGCAGCAGUCCAAAAUUUCCUCUCCAAAUCACCAGGCCAACCCUCGAGCCCCCCCUGCUUCGUUUCAAACUGGUGGAGCAAUGAAUGUGCGAGAUAUGCAUAUAAGAGCUCAAGCGUUGGAGAAACAGAAAUCUCCCGUUUUCCUUGAUGAUCCAGCAAUUGCUAAUAUCAGGAGAGCGGAGCCUCAAGACCCACGAGACCAGCUUCGCCGUAGAACCACUAACGGCCCCCCUAUGGGCUAUUUUGAUGAUAUGGGUUUCCCGCCAUCGCAGGGUAACCAGACCCCUAACCAGCCAUCUGGAGUUCGUCCACCUGGCCCCGGACAACCCCCACUGGCGCUGCAACGCCCACCUGGAUUUGAGCAGAUCCAGCCGCCUGGAUGGCCUAACCAACAGCCGCAGCCCCCUGGCCCAAACCAAUUCAUGUUGCCACCUGGACUUACUCAGCAGCCAAACCGAAAUAUGAAUCCAAACUUCCCAGCCGCACCUCCUAUGCCCAUGCAUGCCGCAGGCCCACCUCCGAAUGACCGGCAAGCUUAUCAACGAAAUGCGAUGGGGGGUGGUCCGCCACCAUUUGUACCUCCCCCUGGCAUGAUGCCUCCCCCAGGUUAUGUGAAUAUGAAUGCCCCACCACCGUCUGCAUUCCCACCAAUGCCUCACACACCAGAUGGGAUGAUGGGUAUGUCUCAUGGAAAUUCUGGCCAGUAUGGUGGCAUGCCUCCUCAAGGCCCACCCCAACCAUCAUCUAGGCAGUCAUUUGACAUGUUUGGCCCUCCCAGCGGAGACGGAGGCAUGGCUGCUAGGAAUGGCGCAGGAAUGAUGGGUCCAUACCGCUAAAACUUUCCUCGCUAACGACUGAUUGAGAAUCAAGAAGCCCUCACCUACCCUCCUUUAAGAUUAACUAUCAUCGAGCCUGCACCGCAGGACUAGGGCUGACAUUGAGCGGAUUCCAAUCUUAUCUUUUCACACUGAGGCAUAACCAACAAUUUGCGUAGUAUAAUUUAUCAUCCUACCUGGCCUACCUCAUAUUCGCGUUCUUUAUUGUUUUGUGGUUUUGUGGUGCUUUUCCUUUCCUUUACUUUCCCUCUCCCUUUCUUUCUUUCUUUUCUUUUCUUUCUUUCUUUUUUUUUUUUUGGACUUGGACUUGGACUUUGGGAUGGAUGGGACUUGUUUAUAGUUUACCCACGUACGUUAGUGAUUUCUUUGCUUGCGUGUUUGGCAAUUCUCCAUUUCUUCUCAUGUACGGCCUCGGUUUCUUCGUUUUUCCUGAUUGUCUCUUUUAUUUCGUUCUUCCCAUGCUGUUGGCAUCCACUAUUUUGCUGGUACCUAUUUUUCUAUUUUUGCUCCUUUUUUCCUUUAGGCUUCAUGUUUUUCCAUGCCCUCGCUCUCUCCUUCUCUACAUUUUAUAUAUCUACAUAUAUAUCCACAUUAUGGUUAGGCCGUGGAAUGGGUAGGUCAGGUACGUUGAUAAAUAAUAUACUUUCAUUCCUCAUUGAUAUUGGACUUUGCCGACAUAUCUACGUUCCGUUACAUUACCUUUCUUUUUGUGUUCUCACAUGACGCCGUCUAUAACGAAAAGAUUAAAGGAAAGAGCAAAUAGGAUGACGAGGAAGUAGAAGAAUGGUCCGCUUUUCUAUUAAAUACCCCCGUCUAAUUAGGGUAACUAAAGUACCUGUUUACCACCCCUUGAAAGCAAAUUCAUCAAGUGUACAAAUCAAACUAAGAUAAAGAACAAAACCAACAGCGCCAGCGUUCAGCUAGCUGUUUUCCCAGUUACAACGCCAAAAAAAGGAGUGGGAAAAAAGAAAAGUAGGUGUAUAUAGUAAUUACAUACGUCAGGCGUUGCCAAAUAAUAUAACCCAU